AUCUCCAGUUUCCAAUCGACGUGUCUGGGGUCCAGAACGAUCACCCGUUCCUGGAUGCGGACUCCUUGCAAUCCCUCUUCAGGCGGCUUACGGCUCUCAAUCGGUGCGCCAACAUGAAACUAGAGCAUCAUCAUCAUCAAAAAAGAUCCAACGAUUCUGACGAUGAACAAUGUGCUCUAAGCGAACAUUGGCAGUACGAAAGGAAGUCAAGAAGAUGGUCAAGGGUGGUGGAUAUCACACCGCAAGCACAAAGGCGAUUGCAAGUAAUAGCAGCUCGAGCCUUAGCAGAGAGAGAGGCAAGGGAAGCUAGAGGAGAAGUGGAAGAUGACGAAGACGAGACUCUACCCACUAUCAGGGUUGGCCUCGUUGACGCUGAUGGUCAUUACACAGAUGUCGAGCCUGAUCUGUUAACAGUGCCAGGUCAGCCGAUGAUACAGUUACCAAGUGAUAAAGAAGACGAGGAAGAUACGGGUACAAGGUUCCGGCGCACCGGCUCGGAAAGACUACGAGAUGGGGCGAAAGCACUCCUGCGAAGGGUGGAAUCCCUAAAAACACGCCGAAGAAAACGGCAAAACCGAACUGAAGUCAUCGUCUCUUCACCUCACUUCCUGGACGUGCAGCAGGACAAAUAUCCCGAUUUAAAUUAUAUAGACAUGACCCCGACAUCCCCUUCAGCGUUUCCAUUCCCCGAUUUUCACAGUUCUCCUGCACACGCUCCUGCGAUUCGAACACAGCCACCCUCCCCAAUGACAAUCAUGCCCCCAUCUCCUAUCGCACCUCUAGAACAGUCCUUCGUUCUGCAUCCGCCUUUUGGUGAUGACAGUUCCAGUUACGCUUCCGACGGGAGUAUGGGUUCAAGCAAUAAGAGCUCCAAGUCGAAAUUGGGGAAAGCGAAACGGAUCUUCAACAGAGGGUUGAAGAGCGAUGAUUCUAGUGCGCUGAGCGACUCUGAAUGCCAACCAGCUAGUUGGAGACACAAUUACUAUAAGGAGCUCAACCCUCAUCAUCAUCAAACAGAGGUAUACGUGGAGCCUCCGUCACCUGUAGAGCUUAAACCAGAUCCUGAAAUCCUGCGCGAGGUGCAGAAGUCGCCAGCGCACACGCCGCACCGGCGUCAAGCAAUCAGGACCAGCUCGCUCAACCUAGGAAAGGAGCAGAAGUUCCGUGACAGAAGUCUCAAGAGGGAUAAGUCAGCGUCUAGAAGUUCGGAGUUGGACAGCAGCCCAAAUUCAGCAGGAUCUAGAUCCCAAGAUGGAGAUCAGGAUGACGACGACGACAGCCUUGAUCUAAAAACAAAAAAAAACAACAUACAGAGAUGGUAUUCGUUUCGCACGUGCACGCUGAACGGUGGACCUAAAGCUAACAACACACUGCAACCCACGCCCAAUCAGAAAGACCCCGAAACAUACCUAUCGCGGCCGAUGUCAUCGUUAUCCUGUGGCCAACUCCAUAUACUGAGGAAGCUGGCUCUUCUAAGGCUGACAGCAUGUAUGGAACGGUAUUGCCCUUCGCACAAGUCGGGGUGGAACUGGGAACUGCCUAAACUCAUUAGGAAGAUCAAAACCCCCGAUUACAAGGAUAAAACGGUGUUCGGCGUACCCCUCACGGUGUCGUUACAAAGAACGGGGCACGCUUUACCGAAGCCUAUUCAGUGCGCACUUAAUUGGCUUAAAGCGAAUGCGUUGGAUCAGAUGGGUAUAUUCCGCAAAGCGGGCGUGAAGUCACGUAUAGCCAAGCUACGCGCGGCGGUGGAGUCGGCGGGUGCUGCGGGGUUGGUGGGCGCGGCGAGCGCGGGCGCGAGCGAGAGCCUCGGCCUGGACAAGUGCAGCGCGAGCUUCGAUGGCGCGCAGGCGCACGACGUGGCCGACCUCGUGAAGCAGUACUUUCGCGAGCUGCCCGACGCGCUGCUCACCAACAAGCUCAGCGAGACCUUCAUCGCGAUAUUCCAACAUGUUCCGGAGCCUUUAAGACCGGACGCAGUGCAGUGCGCGUUACUGCUGUUACCAGAGGAACAUUUAGAAGCCUUACAUUCUCUUUUAAUAUUUUUAUCGGAGGUGGCCGAACAUUCUGCAGUUAACCAAAUGACGGCAUCAAAUUUGGCGGUUUGUUUGGCGCCAACUUUAUUGCGACUACAUCAUGCGCCUCCUCACACUGGCAGCACUAAGGAAGGGAACUCGAAUAGGAUGAUCGUGGAGAGCGCGGCAGACCAGCGGCAGAUCAGCGAGAGCCGCGCGGCGCACGCGUGCCUACUGCUGCUCGUCACGCAGCACGCGCGACUGUUCCUGGCGCCCGCCGACAUGCUCGCGCGCUGCAAGUUCAACUACUUCGAGGAGAGCGUGCCGGUUGCAUUAGAAGAACUGGGAGCAGACUUUAACCAAGACUGGAAGGGAUUUCAACAAGCUUGCAUCAAAGCUUUACUCAAAGAAGCCAAAGAAAAGAGCAGGGGCUGGAUGUCGGUGUCGGGCGCGGCGGCGCACGUGGAGCUGUGCUGCAAGAAGGUGGGCGACGGGCACCCGCUGCGCCUGUGGCGCGCCACCACCGACGUCGAAGCGCCGCCCAUGGAGGUCAUGCAGAGAAUCCUCCGCGAGCGGCAUAUAUGGGAUGACUCGUUGGUGAAAUGGCGAGUAGUGGAGAAGUUGGGACCGAAUGCAGAGGUGUUCCAGUACAUAACGGCUUCUAGUUUUAACCUGCCACCUAGAGACUAUUGCGUUUUACGGUCGUGGCAGCAAGGCGGAGGCGGGGGUGGCGGCGGCGGCUGGUGUGCCGUGGCGGAGACGUCUGUGGCGCACUCGGGCGCGGGCGCGGGAGGGAGCGGCGGCAGGGGCGGGGGAGGAGGCGCGGGCGGUGCGCGUGGCGUGGUGCUGGCUUCGCGCUACCUGGCGCAGCCGGCCGGCAAGGGCCGCAGCCGCCUCGUGCACCUUGCGCGCGUCGACACCAUGGGUCGCACACCCGAAUGGUACAACAAAUGCUACGGCCACAUCUGCGCACUAUACCUGGCGAGGAUCAGAGCAUCGUUCAAGCAUAAUACAGAAGGUCCGGAAUCGAACGUAUGA